CUGUUUCCUUCUCUCCCUCCCCUCUCUCAAAGAAAAAUCCAGAAUUUCCGUUGCAAAGUAAGUUAGUUUUGAUUUUGUUAGCGCGCAGGUAAUAAAAGCCGUGGCUAAUCAUAAUCACACGUAACAGAACACAGCCAUAGUGUGUGUCAAGUUAACAUGAUAAUGGACAGGUCAUCACAAAGCAGCUCCGAUUCACCGACCCGAGAUCCGAAAGUGCUAUCCAUCGAAUGCUUGAAAGGAAGUUCCAAAGCAGACGAAUGGACAGGAGACAUGCUCCAAACCGGAGACAUCGUCGAGGAGCUACGAAUCGGGAGCUCCGCGAAAUCGCUGAUCCGGUUCAAAUCGCCAUUUAAGGGUGGGAAGAGUGGGGUGCAGAAGAUCCUUCAGGACGCGUAUAAGAAGAAGGAGACGUCCAUAGUUGUCCGGGUCCGCCGAGGACCCGACGAGUUGGCCGAGUUGCACAUGUGUAUUGUGCCCAACGAAUCCACCGCCAAGAAGCAAUUCGUCCUCCGAUCCAUUAGUGACCCGAAUUACAUAGUCGGGUUUUUGGAUCGAACCGAAGCUGAAUGCUUCGACCUUCAAGCUUCAAGGAGCACUAGGAUGGUAAAUGCACUAACCAGGACCAAGCUACAGGAUGGAUAUGUUUCGUAUCCGUGGGAGAGGAGGAUGCAGGAGAUGCUAUCAGUUCCAAAUUCUAGCAACUUUCUUUCCAUAUUACUUCUUCCCAAAGCUUCAGAUCGAGUAGCUUCUCGCUACAAUGAUUUGGAGGACACCCUAGCCCGUGCAAAUGCAUGGCUUAAUGCAGGUCAAGCUUCAGGGGUCCCUAUUGUCUUUAUGAAUAUCCAAACUGAGUCCCUACUUACUAAGAUAUCUGGAGAGACAGCUUCUUCGACUGUGAAUGCAGGAUCAUUAUCUGACUUAUCUAACCUGGCAAAUGUAAGCCUUUACGGUUUUGAAGAUUACCAUGGAAUAGACAUUGGUGUUGUACGUGCAGUUCGCUUAUGGUAUGCUCCUGUUGGAGGAGAGUUCUCUAUUGAGAUUAAACUAAAAGAGGAUGAUGAAAAGCUUGGGUUUGCCAUUAGUCGUACAGAAGAGGGAUUUAUUUUCAUCUCAUCAGUUAUUAAUCAAGAAAAUGUACCAGCUACACGGUCAGGCCUCAGCAAUCUGUAUAAACUAGCAACAGAUACUUCUAGGUUGUUGGUAGUUUCAAGAGUCUCAAAUCAAAAAGUCCUUCCAUGGAUGGUCUCUUCCACAGGGGCCAUUCGGUGUUAUGACACUGUCUCACUCAGCCAGAAGCUCUCAUUGCACCGACACACCAGAGUUCCCAUUCUCCUGCAUGUCUUCCUUUGGGACCAAACAUUGGCUUCUUCAAGUGGAGGAAGCUCUAGAUUUAGGCCUUUGUCUCCUCCUGUGUUGCCAUUACCAUCUGAUGUUCAACUGGCACGCCAUUCGAACAAAAGUUAUGUACUGCCAUUGCCCAAUGAAGCUUCUGAUCAAAGUGAUAUCACCAGUGAACUUCCACAGUCCAAGCUUGAGAGAGACACAGCUGGAGAACUCUCAUUCAGAUUCCAUGACUUCUCCUUGUCCAGCAACUGGGUAUGAUAUAUAUAAGUAGUUGUAUAUCAAAUGAAGAGUUAUAAAAUUAAGGGUGUGUUAUUGUUUUUUGUUGCUGUACAUAAUAUACAUUGCUGCAGACUUCAUGCAUUUAGGGAGGUACAAGAUUGUUUUGCUUCAUUAGCUUGUCCACAGGAAAGCAUAAUAAUAAUG